AUGGAUUCACUAAUGGAAAUGGGCUGGGUUAGUAGACAGCGAGCGCUGGUGGAUGCGCGGGUGCAGCGGGGGGCGCAGGGACACUCGGCGCUCCCGGCGGGAAGGGCGGCCCAGGCCCUGCUCCGCCCCCGCUGGCCCGCAGGGGGCGCACGGCUGCCUCGGCCGCUCUCAGCGCCCGCCCCGCUGGGCCCGGGGAUCCGGGGCGGCUGCGGGGGCCGCGACCGCUCUCCUGCGGCGGGGAUGGCGGCGGAGGACGAGGCGGAGCUGAGCCUGCUGGAGUGCCGGGUGUGCUUCGAGCCGUACGGCCCCGACGGGCAGCGGCGGCCGCUCAACCUGCCCUGCGGGCACGUCCUCUGCCGGGGCUGCGUGGGGGCCCUGGCCGGCGCCGAGCGCCAGAGGCUGGAGUGUCCCUUCUGCCGGCGGCUCUGCGGCCCCGCCGAGACCAGCGACUGCCGCCCGCUGCUGCAGCUGCUGGAGCUCCUGGGCCCCGCCGGCGGCGGCCUCGCCUCGGCCCUGGGCAGGAGCGGCGGAGGGGCGGCGGCGGCGGCCCCCGGGGGGCUCGGGCUGCGGCUGUGCCUGGGGGGCUGGGGGUCGCUGGUGAACCCCACCGGGGUGGCGGCCUGCCCCGGCUCGGGCGGCCUGGCGGUGGCACACGACGGCAAGAAGAGAAUCCACGUCUUCGGGCCGAGCGGGUUCUGCCUGCGGCGGUUCGGGGAGCGGGGGGACGCCAGCAACGACAUCAAGUAUCCGCUCGAUGUGACGGUCACGUCGGACGGGCACGUGGUGGUCACCGACGGCGGGGACCGCUCCGUGAAGGCCUUCGAUUUUGACGGAAGGGGCGUCCUGGCUGUCCGGGAAGGCUUCUGUUUGCCCUGGGGCUUGGAUGCCACCGCCAAGAGCGAAGUAAUCCUGACCGACUCGGAGGCUGGCGCGCUCUACCGCUUGGCGGCCGAUUUCCAAAGGGGGGAAUUAAAGAAGUGUCAGAUGAUCCGGUCCCGGCUUGUCAGCCCCAGAGCGGUGGCUGUCUGCCAGACCUCGGGUGCUGUCGUGGUAAUAGAGCACCUGAAAGCUCGAGGACCGAGCAAGGGCAGUACCCGAGUGACGAUAUUCAGUGCGGAGAUGGAUCUCAUCGGCCAGAUGGACAGCUUCGGUCUGAACCUCGUUUUCCCCUCCAGAAUAUAUGCUACGGCUGUGGCCUUUGACAAAGAAGGUCGUGUUAUAGUAACGGAUGUUUGUAGCCAGGCUGUCAUAUGCUUAGGGAAACCCGAGGAAUUCCCCAUCUUUAACCCUCUAAUUAGCCACGGGCUUUCUUAUCCUGUCGGACUGACUUACACGGCAAACAAUUCCCUCGUCGUUUUAGACAGCGGUGAUCAUUCAGUGAAAGUAUACAGCUCUACCUGAGUGGGCUUAGAUGCUUCCUGCUGCAGGCUCAAGCUGCUUCUGGCCAUAAAGCAUGUGGCGUUCUGGAGUUUGUAGGAGUGGAGGGAGGAGGUGGUUUUGGGGGCUUUGAGUGAAAUCACCCUCUGACCAACACGCCGUGCUUCCUGCAAAACUUGUAUCGCGUCUCUUGCCUACCUGUGGGAGAGGACCUGGCUGUUGCUGCCUGUAGCCAACAACAAAUCUACCAAACAAAUCACUUAGCAUUUUAAAACUAUUCCAUGCCUUGACAACCAAGUGGUUUUGGUUCUUUUUGACACGUAAUCAAAGACCAGCACGUGUGAAAGUAAUGCACCUUUAUUUACAUUUCCCAGCACAUAGUUAUCACUAUUCUUAAUUAAGUAUAGAUACACUCCUGACAGAACUGUUUCCAGGAAUUGUGCACAAGGAAGGAGAUUGCCUUGACAGAAUGAUAGGAGAAUUGUAAGCCUCCAUUCAAGGUAGCAUAAAUCCAGCUAAAAUCAUUGUGAUGGAGGAGCUACCACUGAUGAGUGAGUUGUGAGAAGUGAAAUCAUGUUCAAAGUCUAAUUUUUCUAGGAAAAUGCAUUUCUGGGGACACUCUUUUCUCUGCUAUUUAUUCCCACCAUUAUUAAGGUUGUACUGGAGCACUUUGUCUUCCUUGAAAAUGCCCAAGUCUGUGUUUUUACCUUGAGAUAAUCUGGUGUGUGGUUCAACAGCCUGAGCUGCUUUGCCUAAAAGCCUCUUGGAAGUAUUCACAUUUAGACCACAAAUACUCCUGCAUAUGUAAGUUUGAGUUGGCUCUGCUGCUAACAUGGCUACAUGUAGGAGGUUUUCAGCACUACCUGCCCCUGUUUUGUCAUUAAUAUGGUGCUUUUGCACCCCCAAAACCCCAGAAUUCAACUGCAAAUUGAAACGUUACUGAGAGGUAAGCCUCAUAUUUUUUUGUAGCUUCCAAAUGAGAUUUUGUUGAUUGUGAACAUACAGGAGAUUUGGAUCAGUUUAUAUUCUCUUGUUUUACUGACAGUGAUAUUAUAUACUCAUUUAUAUUCUCACAGUUUUACUUUGGACACAAGUCCUUUUGCCUUUUUGCAUAGUGGAAAUUAUGGUGUAUAUGACUUAUUUUGAGAAGGAUUUAAUACCCCCACUGGAAGUCACUGCUGCAUUUUUAGGCAUUUACAUUCUGCUAAAAUGAUUACUUAGAUGGUUCUGCAUUAAAAUGAAGUUAGAUAUAAAUGUAAAUGCUAUCUGAGGUAGAAAUGAGUAGAUUAAAAUCGCAUUAAACUUUUAGGGUAAUUUCUUUUUUUUUAGUAAUUGAAAUAAUUAAUAUCAACUAAUGUAAUUUUAAAUUCACAGGCAAUCUAUCAGUAAAUUUUUUAUCUGGCUUUUGGUCUGACUUUAGGGCAUUUAAUAACUGUGUGCUGUGUUACAGCCCCAGUGAUUUACCAAAUACUUGCAUUAAAUUGGAGCAGUUUAGCCCUCUAAUUCAGCCAAUGUGUUAAUAUGUCUCAUGUCAACAUUUGUAUAAACAAAACAAAUCUAUUAAUUGCGGCUAUUUGUAAAGGUUAACUGAACAGUGACCUGCCAAUAAAGUGUGAUUUGCUUACUUCUAUAUUUUAAUAAUUUAGUGAUAAUUCCUCAUUUUUUUUUCAUCACGUGUUUCCUUGUUACAACACCAUUUCUGUAUUGCAGUUGCCCUGUAGAUGGUUUUUUCUUCGGUUUGGUGAUGCCCUGCAGAAGUUGCAGAAGGGCCAUUUUUUGCUAUUGAAAAUUGUAUGGAUGUGCACAGUUGGUAUUUUUCAGCCUUCUCUACUGCCUGGCCAGACAGCAAGUGCCUUUGGAAAAACCUGAAAUCCUCCUUGGCUGUUCUGCAGUAUGAGCUGUAUGGGCCUGACCAGGAGCCCACUUGGGAGGUCAGGAAGGAAAUUUGCUCAGAGAAGGAGACCCCUGGAUUAUAUAUUCCUUUCUAGAUGCCAAGGAGAUGCCUGCCUUUGAUAGAACCAAUUAGAUAACACUUCCUUUGGGAGACUGCUGUGUGUCAAAAUACAUGCAAUGCCAUCAAUGCUGUAUUCAUACAUAAUUAAUACUUUGUCACGGUAACACUUCCUCUGAAACAUGGGCUGUGAGCUUUCAUCUUCUCAAACCUUUGUGUGCACCAGGAGCUUGUUUUUGCUGCUGAAUUCAUGGAUGGGAAAAUUUCCUAGGACCUACUGCCAUGUAGGCAACUUUCCAGCACCUGAAAUGCUGAUUUUUAAACAUUUGACUCAUACUGUUUUAAAAUCUACAAAAACUCCCAUUGUUGCCCAUUCUGUUUCUGACUUCUUUGGUAACUAGAAAUCACUUGAUUUUUGAGUUUUUAAGCAAAAUAAAAUUUGGGACUUUAUUCUACCUAAUAUAAUGGGUUUUUUUUUUCUUUACGCCCUCUCCUGCAGUCUCUGCUUUACCUGCCUACUGAAAGCAAACUUCUGUGAACAAUGCAGCUGUUUUCUUUUUACUCUACAGCUUGGUGCUUAGUGUUGUACAACACUGCAUCGAAGGAACCAUUAUAUUCUGCCUUAAUUAAUUUGAUGCAGGUGCCUAAAUUGAGCAGCCAUAAUGAACUGUAUCAAACCAAAUAUUAAAAUUUUGAGUUCUUUGGUGCUUAAGGGAAAAUGCAGCAGUAAAGCUGAAAUCUUUCUUUUGACACAAAAUCUUGUGUUCUGAGAGAGGGAUGGCAAAUACAGAAGGGCCCAUGCUUGAACUGAUUCCUUAGGUUUGGGGACUGAGUGGUUGUGCUUGGAAUGGGGAUAGCUAGAUGCAUGCUUACCUUUAGAAAAGAGUGAUGGCCAUUCAGUUUAGAAAGGAACAUAGGACUGUGUCUACAUGCUUCAGUGGCAAUUAGUGUUGAGUUUAUUUUUUUAAAAAUCCAUCACCUUUGCAUAACUUUCUGCACCUCGUGCUCUAGCCAUUGGAUUAAAACCAA